AUGUGCAAUUCUCAGAUUGACAUGAGUGCCCCACGUGCUUUACUCCAGAAGCUCCGGCCAGCCGAGACGGCCUUAUUCUUAUGUGAUCUACAGGAGAAGUUUAGGUAUGUUAUUGUACGUUUUCAACGAGUACUUGCUCAGUUACAGAAAGAUAGUACUUUUCAAAAGGUCGCAGAUAAAUGAGUAUGAUAAUAUACAAUAGGUGUAUUACACCCUUAGUAUUGAUCUAACGAUCUCUAAAAUGAACAAGCUCUAAAAUUACAGGCCAAGUAUCCAAUACUUCCCUCAGAUCGUCCAAGUGGCCAGAAGACUGACCGAAGGUGCUCACAUCUUAGACAUGCAAAUUUUGGCCACAGAACAAUACCCGAAAGGCCUUGGAAAGACUGUGGCUGAACUUGAUGUAGAGAAGUUUGGAAUCAAACCAGUCGACAAGACCAAGUUCAGUAUGUGCGUUCCUCCACUGACAGAACAACUUCAGUCUGGUGUGAAGUCGAUCGUGAUCUGUGGCAUUGAAGCUCAUGUGUGUGUCUACCAAAGUGUGCUCGACUUCUUGGCCAAGGACUACCAGGUCCAUGUUGUUGUGGAUGCUACGAGUUCCAGGGCUUUGCCUGAUCGUUUUUACGCUUUCAAGUAAGUAACUAUUUCUAGCACUAUAUUGUACAUAGAUUAUACACGAAUCGGUAUAUUAUGGAAGCAUAAGGGGCUUUUUUACUUCAAUCAAGAUCACUGAGUUAUUGGAGCUAGUAAUGUCCAUACAUAACGAUUACUAUAUAAAUGUCAUUUUAAGACAAAUGGAGAGAGCCGGUGCCAUUUUGACGACCAGUGAAUGUGUUCUGCUGAGCUUGGUAGGAGGAUCUGAUCACCCGAAAUUCAAGCAAGUCCAAGGAUUGAUCAAGGAAAGUGCACCAGACACUGGUCUCCUACAGUUCAAACUGUAA